AUGCAAACCGGGUGGUUCGUCCCCCAGUGCAUCACUCGAGGCGCAUAUAAGUUGUCCGUGACGGAGCUGGAGGUAGCAACGUUGGCGUUUGCGACACUCACAACAGUUAUCUACGCUUUUUGGUGGUAUAAGCCCCUCGACGUUAGUCGCGCGGUUCCGAUAGAACCCAAAUCCCCUCAAACAGAUGCAGAAAAGUUGGAUUCUGCCAGGACAAGCACACAUUCUGUGGAAGAGAUAGUUCCAGGUUCGCAAACACCUUGUUCUCCGACCACGAGCGAUUCGAUACGCCCAAUGUCGGACCCACCUUCCCAAACACAACAAAAUUCUCGCUUAUUUAAUACACCUUGGUCCGGAAGCACAUUCUGCGACACCAGGCAUGCGUUCUACUUCUUCCUACCUUCUGCCACCACCUUCGGAUGUACCUCCUCCCGAGCAACUCGAUUUUCACUCCACGCCCGAGCCAGUGACGGCUGCACGCCGUACGAGGUGGAAGCGGGUCAGCCCAAGGCAGGAGCUCCAACUUCGACAGCUUCCUCGCUCCAGGCAACAUCCGCUCGCAGGACCCGUUAUGAGCGAUUUUCAGGGCACGUCCGUCAUUUUCGUGCCUUCUUUCGCCACCAACGUCACAAACGAGGACUCACCGUUGCCCUCUUCUACGCCUUUGUGUUCUACCUGCUCCGCUUCUUCCUCGAGCCGUUCGAGGACAUGCUGGAGUGUGCCGAGCUGGAGAGCGACAACCCUCUCAGAGUUCCGACGUUCUACGCCCCGACGGUGAUCGACGACGACAACGACGGUCUCAGCUAUGCCACGGCCAUCAUGGUGACGUUCGUGUUCGGGGGCAUCCACUGCAUCCAGUUACCUUCUUGCUCAUCCUUACCACAUUUACCUAUUUCUUAG